UUUUACGUAAAUAAUCACGGACUCGAUGCAGCCAAUCACUGCUGAGAGCGCGUUGAUCGACAAAAACUGAAAAUGGCGGAAAGCAGCGCGGAAGUCACAUUCAAAAAGGAGACAGUAAGCAAAGUCCUGUCAAGCUUCUUCAAGGACGAGAAAACUAAAGUCGGUGCCGAUGCUGUCCUCCUUAUGGCAGAGAUGCUACAUGUGUUUGUUCAAGAAGCUGCACAAAGAACGAUAAAACAGGCUGAGGCAGAGGACUGUGACCGAAUGGACAUAGAACACUUUGAGAAGAUCCUGCCUCAACUGCUGUUGGAUUUCUAGUAUGACUUCAGGCCAGAAGAUGGCGCCAGAGAGCUAUCCAGUCCUCAAUUCAGAAUUCGAGAGAUUGACCAACUCUUGGAGGACAAUGGAAGUAAAGAAAAAGGCUUCUGUUUUGUUUGUAAACGUAAAGAAGCACUUUAUUUACUUCUAUUGUCCUCCAAGAGUGUCUGAAUCUACUUCUUCUUAAUUCAUGCACCUUGGUUGGAGAGAGGGAGGGAUCCCUUCCACCGGUCCUACAUUCAGCCCAUUUAGGAUAUUCUAUUGUAAUUAGUCCUUUAUUUCAGUUACAUUGCACACGGUCUCUCGAACUCUGUACAUUUUGCUCUGUGGUUUUGCCUUCGUUUGUUGUUUGAAAUGAUUUGAAACCAUUGCUAACUAAUAAAAGUUGUUGCGUGCUUUUUUUAUUUAUUA